AUGCCCGAGCUAAGCUCCCAUGGGGAGUUCCUGGAUCUCCAAGAAACUCCGAACAAUCCGGCUUGGAUUCGAGAAAUUAGCGGGAUUUCACAAGAGGCUGUGCCUUCAUCACCAAAUGCCAACUUGUCAUUUCAAAAUAUCAACUUUCCCGAAGAUUUCACUUCUGGAUUACUAGAUUUCGACUUUACGCAAACUGCAUCGUUCUUUGAUUUCAAUAUCCUGGACCAAAUCCCGCCAUUUCCCUCACUGGACCUUUUACCCGCCCCGCCUGUCUCUGAAAGGAUACCAGAAUCUCAGCUUUCCCGAAUAAAAGGUGCAUAUGCUCGGCUUCAAGCUUAUUCGUCCCCUACAGAACUCUCGCGACCUGCUUCUCCAGCAGCCAGGGCAGAUCAUGAAAGCUGGUUGCAUCGCUUAGGUGAAAAGCAGAAGGUGCAGUACGACCCAAGUGUGAUAAAUGUAUUUCUCAAUCUCUUCCGAGUCCAUGUGGCCACAAUAUUCCGAUGCUUUGAGGGCUUCGCAGUAACCGACACUACCCCUGUCAUGCUCUGGACGUCGAUGGCAUCUGUCGGCGCCUUAUUUUGUACGACACCAGGUUCGAUAGAGAUUGCAAAGUCGCUUUAUAACCACGCACGUAUUGUACAUCACAGACGGCCUUCGCCUGAUGAUGAUCAGUUGGGAAUCCUGAAGACGUACAUGCUCCUCGAGUUGUUCGGAUAUCUGAGUGGUGACGAUAGGUUCCAUGAAAUUGCGGAGGUUUAUCACUGGGAAAUGGUCCAGAUUAUCAGUACCUUUAAGUUAUGGUCGCCUUCAAACACUGAGCGGGAAGCCGAGCGCAGAAGAACGAUCGAAGAUAUAUGUACUUUAGAAUGCUACCGGGUAGCUAUUCUCCACGGCUCUGCCACCUUCAGCGUGUCGCUUCCAAGCCUCUGUGAAGACAUUGAUAUUCUUGCAGUCCCAAAGGGACAAGCUGGUCCAAGUGAUCGAGCGCUGAUGGCACAAUUACAGCGGAUGAUGUCGACCAAUCCUAGAAUGCUAUCUCGUGAAGACACUCUCAAUCCCGCCGAGACACAUGAACUAUGGACCUUGUGUUGUUUAUCACUACUUUUACCUUGGGCUGCGGUAAAGACUACAGAUCAAAAUGACCAACCAAGCUUUGACGUCUCUCGCCGUGGAGAGGUCCUCGAGAUGGCUCUCCAAAAAUGGCUAACCAUCACCAAUGACCAAACUCCUAUACCUACUUUGAUGCUCUUCCAUUUGGUCUGUGUCAAUCUUCACGUGAGCGUCAGCAAAAUCCAAAAUCUAGCGCGCCGGUAUUGUGGUGAAUCUAGGCUUUCGUCUGCGACCACCUCAUCAAUGGGUACUGGCACGCUGUCAUCAACCGAUCUUUUUCCGUCCAAAAUUGACCGGCGAAAUGCGCUUUGGCACGCCAAAAAAAUCAUCGAAUUGGCUGUCAACCUAAGGCAGAACAAUUCCAAUGCCAUAUCGAUCUCAGAAGGCCCUCAUUUCAGCUAUUGUGUUUUCUUCUCGGCCUUAAUCCUAUGGUAUGCAGAGUGGCAAUAUUUAUUUGUCAAUUCCGAGAAUCCGAAGUCCCAAGCAUCUGUGCACGGUGCAGCCGCCUCGUUGAAUAUGGCUAUCGAUGUUCUUACGGCAUCCCCAGUGCAGAUCGCGAAAAAGUUUAUCCCUACCCUGCAGUCACUGGUUGGAAGUGUAACAGGUUGA